AUGUUUAACGAUAAAGACGAACGUCAGCAAGACCAGCAACAACAAAAGGCUGGACUCAGCCACCGCUCCACGCAGGUAGUAUCGGCGUCUUCGGCAAGUAUACGAGCCAUUUUGCUACAGCUCACUUCGAUAUAUAUACGUACGCCUGCGAAGCUCUUCCGACCCGCUCGGUUCGACUAUUUGACGGUGUCGAGGAUGCUCUUGGCGAACGAACUUGCGGGGAAACCAUACCACAUAUUUACACACUCUAGUCCUGCGCUGUUGUACGAGUCUGUACGAAGAAGGGGAUGGCAGUUCAUACCGAACCAAGUGUUACCACCCAUCAUUGCCAACUGUGCGAUUGGAGUGGUGCUCUACUCGACAUAUUUGACGUUUUUGCAAUACUUUACGUCCAACAGGGGGUGGAAGUGGACACUAAGCGGCGUGACGACGGGGGAAGGGAGCCAGAAUUGGUAUUCAUGGCUGCUUUCUUUCUACGACUCGUUUCGUGCUGGGUUCAUUGCAGGGGCGAUCAGCAGUAUUGCAGCAAGUCCGAUCGACGCCUUGUACUCUCGUUCGAACUACGCGGAGUUGGUUGACGGAGACGUGAAGAACAACGGGAUAUAUAAGUAUGCGUGGAAGAAGCUCAAGGACAUUGGAAUUGUCGGGAUUUUUGCAGGGUUCUGGCUAAACCUCAUCAAGGAGUCGCUUGGCUUUGGGUUUUACUUCUCCGUGUUCGAGGUGAUCAAGAGCCAGGGCUACAGCCGAACGAAGAGUGUGAUUGACUGGUUCGAUCGGAUCAGGGGCCUUGAUGUCGACCCCAACGACGUGAACACGAGAAAGUCUGCCCGGGCGCUCCAGUUGACGUUUGUGCUGUUCGCCGGGGCGUCUGCAGCGAGUGCGUUGAUUGCCGUCCAGUACCCGUUCAACAAGGUGCAGAAGAUCCACUUGGCGAGACUCGAGGCGCUGGACAUCUUCAACGAGGCGAACAAGAUCGAGACGUCCAAGUGGUUCCGACUCUACUACAACUCGUACAAGCAGACACUAGACAUUCUGAUUGCAAGAAAGCUCAAGGCGGGCAUGUCGUGGCCGGCGUUCAUGUACCGGGGGUUCACACGUUUCACGCUGACGAACAUCCCCGCCACGUCCAUCGGCUUGCUGGUGUUUGAGAUCACGAGACAGAAGUUGUCGAUCGAUCUCCAGGACAGCCUGAAGGAGAAGCUCGAGGCAUGA